AUGGAGUUGUACUCAACACCAUCGGCGUUAGGAUCCGUCCAGCCACUGCUGGGCCAGUCGGAUAAGGUUGCCCUUCAGACGAAGCUGCAGAAGCUGAAGAUCGCCGCCGUUGCCGGGACCGCGACCGCCGCUAAACGAGCCUUCCACGCCCCCGGUAUCGGCGCGUCGGGGUUCGCCGUGGUGGUUGACAAGGUGAAGUUUCCCGAGAAUGACUUCUUCCGCCCCCGCACGGUGUUUCCCGUCCGGCUGCGCCACUCCAACUGCUGGAGCGCCGACGACGCCGCGGCGGACAUCCGGGGGGCCGCCAUCAAGUUCGGAGACACGGACGGGGACAGCUGUUUUGAGAUGGUCUUGGAUACAGGCGUGAUGGCGCCAUUUUGGGACUUACCGUCUUACGAGGAGUACGUGGCCGCCAUGAAGGGAGGUCCGGACAGGCUGCAGGAAUGGUGCUGGAAAGGUCCCAUGAAUUACUACAUCAUGGUGGACAGUCUCCGCCGGGCUCCAGACUCCUACUUCCAGCUCAUCUACCACUCCCAGACCUGCUUCGCGUUCCGGGGGAGCGACAACGUGCCCCGCCUGGCCAAGUUCAGACUCAUCCCGACUAACAAGGACCCAGAGUCCGGUCUGUUGGACCUGGAGCAACAGAGACAAGUGUGGAACACAGCGCGGUUACCAGACGAGGAACGUCCCAAGGACUACCUACGGCAUGAAUAUGCAGAGCGACUGAUGAAAGCUUCACUCAAGUAUCGUCUGCAGAUGCAGCUGCACACCAAGAAGGCAUCUGAUACAGCCAGCAUCUGCAACCCGUACAGGUGUUGGGCGCCCGGGGACCAUCCGUGGUAUGACGUAGCUGACGUCAUCAUCACCACCCUGCUGAGAGAUAACGUCAUAGCCAGAACCAGUUUCCACAUCGCCAACCUGCCGCCAUGUUUGAGCCUGAUCGAGCCCGAGUCCGUGUACGACUAUAACAGCAUCAACUACAUCCGGAGCAAAGUUUACCCAGCAGCCCACGCGGCCAGACUCGCAAAACUGAGAGGUUUGCCGCCCCUCCGAGGUCCGAUAGAGUACGAGCAGCAGCCCUACAGCGUGGAGAUGCGCAUGGGGUCGAAACAGGGCAUGCCGGGACUAAAGGGUUAUCUGAAGGGCUAUAAGACCGGGAACUCGCAGGUGUUUUCCAUGACUGCUGCAGACGUGGGUGAGGUGCUGAUGGUGACCAUGUAUAACGAGGGCGGGCAGGCGUGGUUCGUGGAGAGCAUCGUGGUGGAGGAGGUCCGGCGGGGAAGGUCCACGGAGUUCCCCGCACACAGAUGGAUCACCGACAUGGUCAUGAUACGGAGGGGGAAAGCUGCCCUUCUGUGGACAAGAGAAGAGGACGUCCUUCUGGGUCAGCGCUUAUUCGAGAUGCAAGAGCGUCGGAAGCAGUUUUCCUGGCGGCACUCUGACACAGGUUUCCCCGGCAGGCUGGCAGCUAGCAACGCCCAAGACCUGCCCCCAGACGUCCGUCCCAGCGAGAGCAUGCUGCAAAAACUAUCUGGCAUAUCCGACAAGCUCACGCUGCCGAAGAACAUCCUCAGCUGCCUUUGGGAGAAAGACAAGAUGGAGAACUUCGUGGAGUUUAAGAAGAUGGUUCCGGAGGAUGUUUACAACAGACAUCGACUGAUCAAGCACCUGAAGUCAGACGCGGAGUUCGGGAGACAGUUCCUGGACGGGUUCAACCCCCUGGCACUACGGCGAUGCAGGCAGCUCCCGGAAGCGUUUGAGAAGAAGACGGACGAGAUCGAGAAGCAACUGACCGGUGGAAAGUCCUUGUUGGAAGAGAUAGAGGCCGGGCGUGUGUACGUGGCGGAUUAUGCAGCCCUGGCCGGUCUCCGCGGGAACAUCAGCGGCCGGGACGUCUUCCAUCUCGCCGCGCCCACGGCGCUGUUUCACCUCACCGCGGCAGGAGACAUGCUUCCACUGGCCAUACAGUUAUACCAGAAACCAGGGCCACACACCACCGUCUGGACCCCCGCCGACCCCCAAUGCGACUGGAUGCUCGCCAAAAUGUUUCUACGCAAUGCAGAUGCGCAGGAAUGGUCAGUUAUUGAUGAAGUCUACUCCCUCGGGUUAAAAGGACGGCGUACACUGAUCGCCAGAGCCUCCUCAGAAUUCAGCUGGCGAGAACUGGUUCUCCCCGCCUGGCUACACGACCGGGGUCUGGACAAACUCCCGGAGUUCGUGUAUCGGGACGACGCCAUGAAACUCUGGCGGGCCAGCAGAGCAUUGGUCGACCGCAUCGUGUCGCUCUAUUACGAGUCUGACCAGGAUCUUGCGGACGACCUGGAGCUGCAAGCGUGGAUCAAAGAUCUCCAUGACAACGGGUUCAACUGGGAGAAGGCCCAUGGAGAAAAUGUACCGAGUAAACUCAGCACACAGGCGGACCUGGUGGACCUGGUCACCGGCAUCAUGUUCAACUGCUCCGCCCAGCGCCGCGCACUGACUGCCGGGAUGCGUGACAUAGCCAGCUUCAUUCCCAACGUCCCUUUCGCCAUGAGAGCCCCUCCUCCCACCAGGGCGGCAAGCUCAUCAACUGGUGAUGGUCUGCCUGACAGCUCUGAUACCCACCAGGAGGAGGACGGUUUGACGAGAGCGAACAAGCAGCAGCUCCUGGCCGCGCUACCGGACAGACAGACCGCCCGGAAACAGAUCGCUCUGGCCGCUGCCAUGUCACGGGGCACCGACAAGGGGCCGAUGCUUGGUGAGUACCCGGGACGGUACUUCACUGACGAGCCCACACAGGCCGCCAUCACUGACUUCCGCAGAACCCUCAAGAAAAUAUCACGUCACAUCCACCAGAGGAACAAAAAAGUGUGGGGCAUAGAAGCCCAGGAAGUUGUCAUGUCAUUUAAAGGAACGUUCAGCGAACUGUCCAAGGUGGGGAAACGAACAAUCGAGGUGCAGAGAGACGUGCCUUACAACUGUCUACUACCCGAGCAUAUACCCGCCAGUAUAGGCCCGUAG